UUAAAGAUUUAAAUCCGAUAUAACUCAAUAUAUCCGUUAGUUAACAUCAAUGGAUAACGAGACAUUAUUCUGAACUUCUCUUUAGCUCUGUUGUUGUUUUCUUAAAUCAAGUUUCCGUGGAAUGAUGAAAAUGGUGAAGAAAACUGAUGAAGAAAAUCACUUUUCUUGGUGCUGUUUUCUUUCACAUUCGCCAUUGCUGUUUUUCCUUGUAACCCUUAUUACAUUUCUAGUUUUCCUCUAUCUUUUAAGCUCUUAUGGAUUCUCUUCUCUUCUAGUAACCAUCGCAAUCUUGUUCAUCUCUACUUCUCUUUUCUUUCUAAGAUUCUUCAAGAAAAGGACUGGAGUCUAUUUGGUUGAAAGAUCUGAAAAAGAAGGGGAUAACAAUGAUGAUAAUGCUGGUAAUGAUGAAGAUGCUGAUGAUGAACAUGGGGAUGAAGACGAUGAUGGUCUUAUUGAGAUUUUUCUUGUGAAUGAAGAAGCAGAAGCUGUAGAGGCAGUGAGGAACAUUAAUCAGAGUCUUCAGAGAAUUAGGGUUGACGAAGAAGAAGAGAUAAAUGAUGUGAAUAUGGAAGAAGAAGAUAAUUUUAUUGAGAUUGAUAUUUCUAUUGGAUCUAUUAAAAGAUAA